GUCACCAACCGGCUGUUUGACUCGGAAGCUGCAAUGCUCGAGCGAAACGCGUGAGGAAAGAAAAAAAAUGACCGUCAGCGACCUCGAAUUCACGUCCUAGACCGGGGGGGGGAAACGACAUUUUCCAUCUCAUCAGUGACAGCCCACCGACGUGUUACAGCCUUCACUCGGUUACGACUAGUUAAACGGUUUCAUUCGCGGUUCAUCGUAACGUCGUCGAAAGGUACGCGGUUAACGUAAACGUUCAAGGAUCGCUUCUUGCUCCCAUUACGGCGUGAAACCAUGGAGAAUGCCAAAUCACCCGAGCAUAAUGGAGCACCUCAACACUACACGAACGGCCUGAUGAACGGAUUUCACCCGGCGCAGUCCUCUCCGAGCGGAGGUGGCGUUAGUGUCGGUGGUGGUGGUGGUGGUGGUGGCGGAGGAGGAGGCGAUGAUAGUGGCCCGAACUGUAGCGGUGGCCAUAAUGGUAUUGAAAAUUUCCACCAUCUUCUUCACCAUCAGGAUGUCGCCCACAGCAACGGUUCUCCUGCCAAACGCUGCAGGCUCCGCAGACGGGUGGACUCGGGAAGAAAACACCGACCUCCCUUCCCAUGGUUUGGCAUGGAUAUCGGAGGCACUCUGGUGAAGCUGGUCUACUUUGAACCAAAGGACAUCACAGCUGAAGAGGAGCAGGAGGAAGUGGAGAGCCUGAGGAGCAUCCGCCGAUACCUAAUGUCCCACGUGGCCUACGGCAACACGGGUAUCCGUGAUGUUCACCUGGAGCUGAAGAACCUGAUCAUGUGCGGCCGCAAGGGCAACCUGCACUUCAUUCGCUUUCCCACACACGACAUGCACAGCUUCAUCCAGAUGGGCCGGGACAAGAACUUCUCCAGCCUGCAUACAACGCUGUGUGCUACCGGAGGGGGGGCCUACAAGUUUGAGGAGGAUUUCAGGAUGGUGGCGAAUCUGGAGCUGCAGAAGCUUGAUGAACUGGACUGUCUGAUCCAGGGCCUGCUCUACGUUGACUCGGUCGGUUUCAACGGCCACCCAGAGUGCUACUUUUUCCAAAACCCCUCUGAUCCUGAAAACUGUGUCAAGAGGCCAUGUUGCCUUGACAAUCCCUUUCCCAUGUUGCUGGUAAACAUUGGCUCAGGGGUCAGCAUUCUGGCAGUUUACUCCAAAGACAAUUACAAACGGGUCACUGGCACCAGUCUGGGAGGGGGCACAUUUCUCGGCUUGUGCUGCCUGCUAACCGGUUGCGAGACGUUUGAGGAGGCAUUGGAAAUGGCAGCGAAAGGGGAUAGUACAAACGUCGACAAGCUGGUAAAGGACAUUUACGGCGGUGAUUAUGAGCGCUUUGGUCUUCAGGGGUCUGCUGUUGCAUCCAGUUUUGGGCACAUGAUGAGCAAGGAGAGACGUGACAGCAUCAGCAAAGAAGACUUAGCCAGAGCUACCCUUGUCACCAUAACAAACAACAUCGGUUCCAUUGCCCGCAUGUGUGCUGUGAAUGAGAAAAUUGAAAGAGUUGUAUUUGUUGGGAAUUUCCUGCGAAUCAACACAGUUUCUACAAAGCUGCUAGCUUACGCCAUGGACUUUUGGUCAAAAGGACAGUUGAAAGCCCUGUUUUUGGAACAUGAAGGUUAUUUUGGGGCUGUUGGUGCCUUCCUAGAGCUACUGAAGAUGACUGAUGACCUCUGAGGCAUUGAAGAACUCCUAAUUUUUCUAACCAGAAGCUGCUGUAAGAUGUCAAAGAACGCCUCCUCCUAUAACCAGGAAAAGCCAAGUCAGCUAUCUAAGAUGAUGCCUGUAUACUUCCCUGUUUGAAAGCUUAAUGCAAGCCUAAUCUAGAUACCUGUAUCGGGUUUGGAGAGUAUUGUUUUAUGUCUGCCACUAAUAUGAACGGUACAAUCUGCUGUAAGAUAAAAUGAAGAUGGUUAUAUUAUAAUAGACAAUUCCCCAUAAGCCAAAAUCUGCAGAUUUUUAAACUGAUGCUGAGCACUUCUUCAAAAUCCCUGUGUGAUGUAUGUUUUAAAUAUUUGGCAUAGAACAUGACUUAGAAUUCAAAGUAAUCUACCAAUUUGCCCCAACCAAUCCUCCCCUAUAUAUUCCCCUGUCCUAAGUCAUGGUUCCAUUGUAUUAUAGUCUUCUGUACCUUGUCCAAAAAUGUUUCAGUGAGAUUUUGGCUAACUUUUCUGGUUUUAACGGUCCAAUAAGUAAGAUUUUCUUUACACUUAACAAUUAAUGGUAGAUUAAAUAACAGAAUAUUAAGGAACGUGGCAAUCACUUCAUUGUCCCAGGGAUGUGAUGAAGGUUGACGUAACAAGGUUGUAGUGACUCCCCUUUCCCUUCAUACUGGCCACACUGGAGUUACGUCCACCUCACAUGUGUUGGGGGGGGGGGAUAUCUUAAAAGAACAUGUGACCAACAACGAUUAGCAGUUAGUCAGUAAUAUGCAAUGUACAGCAAAGCCGAUGAUUCCCUGAUUAAGAUGUGAGCAUUACUAUGCACACCUCAGUAAACUGAACACUGUGGUCCAGCAUUAGCAUACACAGGAGACCUAGGCCUGAUCGCCAGGGCAGGAGAUUUGAGCAUUGCUUAUUGGACUUUGUCCAUAUUUAUGUUGGAAAAAUGUAGAGUUUAAAUCAGUUCAGAAAAUCCAUAGGACAACUUAACAGUAUUAGCCAAAUGUAAUCAAAUAUAUAGGUUUGUCAUUUUUUGAGAUUUCUCCAACUGAACAUUUAGAAGCUAUAAAUUUUGGGACCAAGGUUUUUUUUUUUGUGUUUACUAAUCAUCAGCUUUUUGAUUUCUUAGAUGAGUAGUUGAAUUUAGCAGAUUUAUUUAAAAAUAACAGUAUGAUCUGCUUUUAUCCCAUAGUCUGAAUGAUGAAUUGUUUGUCAAAUGACUACUCUACUCACAUGACCAUAAUUCUAUGUACCCUUGAGGUGUACUUACACUGUAACGGAUGGUUUUUUUUUCUUCUUAUUAUUAUUAUUUUUUUGUUUCUAUUUAAACCAUAUUUUUGCAGAUUGUAUCAUUUCAGUGACAUGGCAUUAUAUUAUGGUAUCAUAGUUUAACUUGAAACUCCAAUUUGAGCCUCUAAACAUGCCUCCUGCCUUUGUCCCCGCCUUUCCAACAAAUGCCUUCCUCAAUCUCUGUACAUUUCUCAUCGACACUCUGUAUGUUUCUUUUAAAGAAGCCCAGCACAGUGUACCUUUAACAUCAGCAUGCACCUUUAAACAGACUGAAUCUUACAGGCUGUGUAACAUGCUCCUAGGAGAAAGUGCCGCUAUGAAGAAGAGGGCUUCUUUAUUCUUUGAGAGUGAUAGGAGUUGAGGCUGUUCAGUUAAACAUGGCAGAUAUAUACAUACUGAAAAUCAAGAUAGUCUGGAAAAUCCAGUCACAAAUAUAGGAAUCUAAAGGAACAGUUUCUUCUUUCCACCCUGUGUCUUGUCAAUGUAUAAUUGCAUUUGCAAAGAAUGUGACAACUUUAUUGUAUGCAGAAUAUCAGCCAAUGCAAUUCUGCUGACCGAAGUUGUAGUAUUAAAGGCAAAUAUACAGAGUGUUAAGCUAAUCAUAGUAAAUACAGUCAAACACUAGUAAUAGUUUCAUAUCACCUCAAAUGUUUAGUAUUCAAUCACCAGCUCUCAGCAGCCACACUUACAUCUUUGCCGUCUAUUUAAAAAUGCCUCACACUCGGAAACUCAUUUGUAGUUGAAGGCACAUGGAGUUUUUAGCUUCAGCAAACAUUGCAAUGCCAACGGGAAUGAAACGUUCCCUUUUAUUGUGUAGAGAUAUAAACCUGUAUGUGAUGCUGGAGUUCAUUCUAUGUGUCCCCCCCACCCACCCACUUCAUCCUCCCAUUACCUCUUAGUCCUCAGAAUUGCCUUAUGCUGUUGGUCGCCAUUUUGACUGCUGAGUAUCUGUGUAUGCACGAUGGCAGUCCAACACAACACUUUUUUUUUUUUUUUUUUUUGGUUUGUUUCAGUCAAGUGUUACGGGGUGCCUUUACUAAUGGAGACCAGACUUUUAUCUGUGCAUUUUCCUUCUUCAUCUAGAUGUCAUUGUAAAAUGUUAAUGUUGAGUUGGUCUGUUCAUGUUUAUUUUUUUUUCUUUAUUCAGGAAAUUGAAUCCAUAUGUUAGUACACACUGUUCUAACCUCUGAGUCACUGCAAACUAAAACUACACCAGGAAGAAUGAUAUGAAUACAAAGCAGUGCGAGACAAGUUGAGGCACUACAGUCUUUCCCAUUAAUGUUGAAAUGUGCUUUGUACCAGGCUACGUUUAAUGCAUGAAUGGUAGGGCUUAACAUAUCUUCAAGCAUGUUCAUUUUCUGUUAUUUUUAUCGGGUUUUUGGGGGUUUUUUUUCACAUUCACACCAGCCAGAAUCAUGCUUAAUGCAUUAGCAUCUCGAACCUUUAAAGAGUUGAUAUGAUUCAGUAAUAAAAUCCUUCCAGAAUCUGGUCUUAUCUUUUCUUUUGUUUUUUUAACAGAGCACUUUUUCUGUCCUUUCACAAAUAAUGACUACAACAUGCCUGAUUGUGUAUCAGAAUGUGCUUGGUCUCAGCUAUAUGGCACAUAACCUAGUCUGUUAAAAAAAAAAAAAAGGGCAGUAUAUUUACCAUGUGUGUAAUCCUCCCCUUCAGUGUUGUCACUCUGAUCUGGCAUUGUGUGGACCUUGUUUACAUGUUGUAGAGGGGGGCCAAGACUUAUUUAUGCCCCAUGUGGAAUGAACAGCUCAUUCCAACCUGCUCUAAGAUUUCAUGUUCUCACAAAUCUUUUUUGAUAUUUUUUUUUUUCUCCCAAUUUAUUCUUCAGAUUUUCUCUCUUGUCAACAAACCUUGUGAAUACUUAUUAAAUGUGAUGAAUCGGUGA